UUUGAUAGCUGCAGGUAGAAAAGAGCGCGAGUCUGUACAGUGCAUGGGCGUUUGAGGCAGAAUUAUGAAGAAACCUUUCUAGUUUAAUUAAAUGAGCCGACGAGUCGACAUCAAUGAGUGAUAGAAGCGCAUCCGGGGCUGCAAUCCACACUGCGUCUGGGGCGAGGCUAGACUUCAGCUCUCCAUCAAAGCAACCAAUCUCCCGCUCAUCCAGAAUGGGAAGAGAGUUCGAUUGCGUUCCAGUCUUCCAGCGGCAGCGUCUUCCAGCCUCUAGAUCUCCCAGAAGCUGUCAAUCGAAGGCUAGAACGCUUCGGUAUCCUUCUGUGGCUUUGCUGUCUUUCGACUUCAUAGCACUGGUCAUCAUCACAGUAACUGUUACGACUCAUAGCUAUGGCACUCUACACGCGGCCAAGCAGAUGAGAUCGAUAUCAGUACGUCAUACAUCUAUAGUAGACAAAUCGGCAUCAAAUCUUCGCCACAACGGCGGAACUGAGGACAGGUCGCCUUCUGCACCGAAUCUCUAUUACAAUCAACGUGAGGAGAAGUCGCCUUCGUUUAACAGCAAAUUCUCGCUAUGGCAACAGCAAGUGGGAUGUGAGGGCAAGAAGCCUCUCCUAACAUGUAAACGUCACAAGGGGCGUUCAGUGUACGUUGCGCUAGCUGACGACAGGUUCGCUCAAAUCAGCAAAUAUUUGUACAACAAAUCGUGCGCUCUUGUCGGUUCAUCGUCUCUGCUGCUCAAUCGAUCGUACGGAAGUGACAUCGACAGUCGUGAUCUUGUUGUACGAAUCAAUGAUGCUCCAAUCAGAGGAUAUGAGAACUAUGUAAAAAGUCGAACAGCCGAUGUGAUAUUUAUCAGUGCAGAUGCUGGCAUCGCUACAAUGCAGCCGGAGUGAAGGAUUGCAAGAAGAGAUUUUCACUUCCGGUCUAUUCCAUCUCUCCAUACCUCAC